AUGGAAGAAGAUGAUUCUUUUCAUUCAAAUACUGAUGCAAUAAUCUGCCCGACUUCUGAUGUUUCACAAAGCUUGUUGUCAGAUCCCAACAUUGCCUCGUCGCCUUUGACGAACGCCCAACAGCAGCAGCCGCACCAGUGGACGGCUGCUGCUGUAGGUUAUAGUAAUGAUGAUUUGAGUGUGUCUGUAUCUGUAUCUGUAUCAAGUGCAUGUUCCAGGAUUAGUUAUAAACAAAUUGACGAGGACCAGAUUAAUGUUUCAAAAGCAAAGGAACGAGUCCAAUUACCCAACGACUUCACUUCUUCAAGAAGUCGCAUUAAGGUGCAUAUGCAAGGGGUUGCUGUUGGACGAUCAGUUGACUUGACUGUAUUAAGUGGUUAUGAUGAACUUAUCAGUGUAAUUGAAGAGAUAUUUGAUAUCAAGGGAGAACUUAGCCCUCGAAUCAAAUGGCAACUUGUGUACAUGGAUGAUGAGGGUGACAUGAUGCUUGUGGGGGAUUACCCGUGGCCGGAGUUUUGUGAGAUGGUGAGGAAGUUAUAUAUAUAUUCUAGUGAAGAAGUGAAGAAGAAAUAAUCUUGACGCAAGUAAUAAGUUUCGUGAU